GAAGCAGCCACCGCAGCUAAGGCCGACCUCUUAAAACGCCAGGAAGAGUUGAAUCGGAAAGCCGAAGAGCUGGACCGGAGAGAGAGGGAGCUGCAGAACGCGGCCUUGAGCAGUGGAACAGCCAAGCCGAACAAUUGGCCCCCGCUGCCUUCCUUCUGCCCCGUGAAGCCCUGUUUCUACCAGGAUAUUUCCGUCGAAAUUCCCGUGGAAUUCCAAAAAACGGUCACCAUCAUGUACUACCUUUGGAUGGCCAGCACGGUGGGCCUUUUCAUCAACUUCCUGGCCUCGCUGAUCUGGUUCUGCGUGGAUUCCACGGGCGGUUCCGGAUUCGGCCUCUCCAUCCUCUGGGCCUUGAUUUUCACGCCUUGCUCCUUCAUGUGCUGGUACCGGCCCAUGUACAAAGCUUUCCGGAGUGACAGCUCUUUCAACUUCUUCGUCUUCUUCUUCAUCUUCUUCGCCCAAAACGUGAUGUACGUCCUGCAAGCCGUUGGGAUUCCCGGUUGGGGCUUCAGCGGUUGGAUUAUCACCUUCGUCGCCCUGAAAAAUCACCCAGGGGUGGGCAUUUUCAUGAUCCUUGUCUCCGUGUUGUUCACCAUCGUUGCCGGGCUGGGCAUCAUCAUGUUGAAACGGAUCCACUCCCUUUACCGCCGCACGGGCGCCAGCUUCCAAAAGGCCCAGGCCGAAUUCACCGCCGGCGUUUUGUCCAACCAGGCGGUCCGCACGGCCGCAGCCAACGCCGCAGCUGGGGCGGCUUCCAACGCUUUCCAGGCCCCGUAAAAGGAACUGUGACCCGCAGGUUGUCAUCCGUCGGCUGACUUCUCCGGACUCCUUCACCAAAACGAACCUCCCCAUCCCCUCAAAAUGCACGGCCUUGAAAAACCUUCCUGUCCCCUACCCCUGAAAUCACCACGUUUGUGCUGAUUUCGAGUCUGGGAUCUCGGCAGGGAAACCCGCGACGGAUCCACCACCACCCACGCUCCGGCUGCACUGAACUCUGAAGAUCACUGAUUCCCUGAAGACGGCUUGAAUCUUCCCUCCUUCCGCCUGAAAAUUUACAGAGGAUCCAGCCACUUAUGUAUUUCUGCUUGUGACUUCUCCGAUUUGCCCAAACCGGAAGGAACAGGGGCCUUUUCCUUCCUGCUCGUGUGCCCCCCCCCCCCCCAAAAAAAAAUAUUUGGCUUUUCUCUUUCGCCUUCAAUCCUGUCGGGAGCUGAUCCUCCCCAAAUUAAUUUUAAGUUUCCUUUCAUCUCCCUGCUGCAGAAAAUC